ACUUUGUAUGCGUAGGCGCGGUGGUGCGGCGAGUCGAUCUGCAGCAAGCAGGGCUCUGGCUCGAAAUAACUUCGUUUUCGAUACCGGUUAAUUUAAUUGUCUCGAGAUAAUAUCGUAGAGCGCGCACGCUUGAAUUUCAAAAGCUCCUGGCGUGAAGGGUUUCCGGCCGAACCGCACGUUUCAUGCCAAAGUGAAGAACUAUUGGUACUCAUUUAAUAAACGCGUUGCAGCUGUAACUCCGUGCAGUACAAAGCGUGCGUGUGACUGUACGAGAAUGAACAUACAGUGGCCGUGUGAAGUCUACACGAAAGUUUGGAAAGAGAAUUUGUGAAAGUUCCGACAGGCAGCAAGCCUCGAGUCUGCAAAAUACUGCGGAACGUCCUUCCACCCGUUCUGUCGGCGAGCUAUUUCGCGAGAACUCAGAAGUCGAUGUUCUCCGUCCCGCAUUUUUCAACCGUUCUCCUUUCUUACUAGAAUUAAGGCGACUGCCGUUAGCAAGGAAGGGCCGGAGAACGAAGGCGGAGGGAAACUGGCGCCGGUUUUACUAGUCUCGGGCUUAUCUCCGAGUUAGCGUCGUAUUUAAGGAAAACACGAGGCGGAACCGCGGGAGAUCGUGAGGAAAGUUGGCCGAAACGGUGAACACAAUGUACAGGAACAGACAUACGUCGAUAUAAGGCAAUAAGCAAAGUUUGCGAGGAUAUUGUCGAUGGAAAUCGGGACGGGAACCUGACUGUAUACUUGAUGAACGAUAGUAAAUCGGCGAUAUUGGAGGAUGGUGUGACGCACGGUUCCGCGCGAUAACUCUCGGACUUUAGUGGACAGUCGUAACUAUUAAAUCGUUUGACCCGUUUUAAUUGGCAAGUUGAACCACUUCGAGUAGGACGGUUGCCAGUGAACGAAGCGACCGCUUCGCAAGUGCCGCGGAAUCGAACGGUGGACGCGGUCCGAUCGGUCGUUCGCCUACGGUUCCGAUUUUCCAUAGCGAGAACUGUAAUUGACACACGGCAGGUGCAUAUAGAAAAAGAUGGUGACGAACGGUAGCAGUGGCAACGGGAAAAUCUCGACGAUAAACGUGGAACCCGACGACCCGUUGGAUGGAGCAGCGGAUAUCGAGAGAGCGUUGACGGAGACAGGAUAUGGAAAGUUUAACGUGUUUCUAUUGGUGGCCGCGUUGCCUGUCGCGUGGGCCGGGAUCUUCGACACGACCACGACCGCCUUCUUUCUGGCUUCCGCCGAGUGCGAGUUAGACCUCACUUUCAUCCGCAAGGGUGUCCUGGUCUCGAUACCCUUCAUAGCCAUGACGUUGACCAGCUUCUUAUGGGACCACGUAACACCCUACGUCGGGAAAAGGAACCUGUUCGUCCUCGGCCUCUUAGCGGAUUCUAUUCUCAAUAUCUUCUCUACCUCCGUUGAUUCAUACUACGUGAUGCUGCUUAUCAAAUUUCUUAGCGGUAUUCUCGCUGGGGGGCCAUUCUCGAUGGUUGCCGCUUACCUCUCCGAGUUUCACGCGACUAAAUACAAAGCGAACUUCACGAGAUGGGGCGGUUUCGCGAUGAACGUUGCGAUUGUUUUCCCAGCAAUAAUCGCGUUCCUGAUCACCCCUUUGACGUUCGUCGUGAACGUGUUCGAUCGACGGUACUCCGCGUGGCGGGUUUACCUGUUGCUGUGUUCCAUCGUGCACGUUGUCGGCCUCGUCACGGCCAGCACGCUGCCUCAGAGUCCCAAAUUCUUGUUAGAAAUCGGUAAACCGAACGAGGCUUUGAAGUUACUAGGAAAAAUGUACUGCAUCAAUUUAGGGAAGCCGGCGGAUACUUUUCCGAUAAAAAGAUUGCUCAUAUGGAAGGACCUACCGCUGUCGCAGCCGUCGUUAUUCAAGGCGAACGCCGAUAAGCUACGACUCGCCUGUUACAAUACCAAACUUCUGUUUUCGUCGCCGUAUUUGCACGCCGUCGCCUUUCUCAAUUUCCUUCAAUUCGGCAGCAUGUUGGGAUUUCACACGAUGAGACUUUGGGUGCCGCAUAUGUUCAUCAUCUUGAAUAAUUUCGACAAUGAGAGGUGGAACAAGGACCGUGCGCCGACCAUGUGCGAGAUGUUAGAUCGCCGGAAUACCAUUCCGGCCAGGGAUUACCUAGACUGCCCGGGUUUCGACAGUAUUUGUAUACAGUGGACGAUUAGGGCGACGGUAUAUCAGAAUUCAGCCAUCAUCGCGUCAUCGGCGGUCGUGUUUUCUUUCCUUGCCGGUAUAAUAACCACCACGAAAUUUAGAAGAAAACUGAUAAUGGCCGCCGCCUUCUUCCUAUCCGUGGUAAGCAGUUUUGGAAUGAACUGGGCGCAAUCUGCACCCUAUAUGCUGACGCUGGCAAGCGCUAUCAUCGUGACUAUGAGGAUAACGGGUAAUAUCGUUACUGCCGUGAACGUCGACGUUAUUCCUAUCCCUUUAAGAUCUACCAGUUUGAAUAUGCUGACGGCUGUAGGGAACGUGGGAGCCAUCGUUGGGAAUUUCGCGUUUUCCGCAUUGUUGGACGUGGACUGUCUAGUAGGAUUCAUGGGAAUUGGAGGUCUCCUGUUCGUUUGCUUUUGCGCAUCCUUCUUCCAUCCACAAUCAGUGAGGGGAUCAUAGAAGAGACUCGAUCCGGCGACUGAACGACUGUACCGGAGGAGAAAUCUCAUCGAUUUUUCCCGUGAUACGUGGAAACAGUACCGUCAUCGUCGGUCGGCAACGCACCCUCGCCCCAAUUGUGAUAUACCCGCAACGUACUUUAUCGGUGUGUUAUCAAAUACAGAGAACUCUGCCUCUACUUCGCUACCAACUGAAUUUUUUUAUCGAUUGUCAGAAAUAUUCUCCCCGGUGGAAACAUAUUUUAAUAAUUGUUAAAUAAAACGUUUACCCAAAUCGAGA